GAACAUGGAGGCUAGAAAAUUGAUUGAAAGCCUCAAGGCAGAACUCACUUGCUCCAUCUGUUUGGGCUACUUCACAGACCCAGUGACUGCCCUCAAAUGUGGGCAUAAUUUUUGCAAAGACUGUCUCCUCCAGUGCAAUGAGCAAGCUGAUGCUACACUAACUUGUCCUGAGUGCAGAGCUGUCAUUAGGUACAGUGACAUUGUGCUCAACGAGAACCUGCAGAAUUUGUCCAUCACUGGCAAAACUCUGAGACAGCAUUUACUGCAGAGCCCGGCACUUCUGACCACCUGCGAUCAACAUGGAGAAAAAGAAAAGCUCUUUUGUGAGCAAGACCAAAAACUCAUUUGUGAUUCCUGCUUAUUAACCGAAGAGCACAAGGAUCACCAAGUCCUUCCCUUGCAAAUGGCUGUUGACAAGUGCAAGAAGAAACUUCAGGAGACACGGAAUAUGUUACAGGAAAAGGAAGAGGAAUAUAAAAAGGCAAUGGAUGAAUUGAUAGAACUAGAUGAAACCCUUAAGAGGGACUCAGAUUAUUUCCAACAGUUAAUUAGAUCUGAAUACAAAAAAAUGCAUGAGUUCUUAUGUAAUGAAGAAGAAAUAAAUAUGGAAGAACUGACCCAAGAAAUCACAGAUAACCAGGAGAGAUUUGCAAAGAUGGAAUACUCAAAACAUGUCCAACAUUUCCAAAGGAUAUUAGAAAUAAAGGAGAGUUUGGAUGAGGCACCCUUGGAAAUCCUCCAGGAUAUGAAAGCCAUCCUGGAAUGGAAUGAAAAGGUGCUACAUCAAGAAACACAGCAGUUUGACUUCAUUUGGGAAUCUCACCAGAUGACUGGUUUAAUAGAAAUUCUCAGGAGCUAUCAAAUGAAUAUAUCACUGGACCCUGAAAUAGACAGUCUUCAUCUUAUUGUGCCUGAAUAUUUAAAGUAUAAACGUGACCCACAAGACCAGUCUGACAAGGAAGAAAAACUUGACUAUUUUGUUACUGUGUUGGGGAUUGAGACCUUUAGCAGUGGCAAACACUACUGGGAAGUAGAUGUGGAAGGUCAGACAGAAUGGGUACUUGGAAUCUGUGAAGAGUCAGUCAGCAAAAACAAGAAUGUCUCCAUAUUAUCCAAGGAUGUAAGAGUCAUGAUAGGCUCAAAAGUUAAUGAUGGAAUACUUUUUUGGAGUCCACAGUGUUGCUUUGUUUCGAUACCUACACCUAAAGUAGGUGUUUUCCUUAACUAUGAGGAGGGUGAGGUUUCAUUUUAUGAUAUCGAAGACAAGUCUAAUCUCUUUAGUUUCCCAAAUUCAGCUUUUCAAGGGCCUGUUCGCCCUUUCUUCUCUACUUCACUUGCAAUAAAAGAAGUACCUCUUAAUCACCCAUUACCUACCCCAGCAACAGUCAGAAGACACAUGCGAAGAUGACAAUGAACAUGUCUUUCUAUUAAUUUGAACUUGUUGAAGUGAUGAUUUUCCAA